GGCGAAAAAAAUAAUUAUAGCCAAAUCUCUGAAAAAAAAUUGACCAAAUGAGCUGACAAUGAUCGGAUUGAAAGCGUCGACUCUUUGAGGCAGGCAUUGAAAUCAAACCGAAAACCCACGAAACCCGCCGGCAACUGAAUCCACUGAAUACUGGCAGCCAAAGAGAGGCCCUGAAAUACCUUGUGCCCAGCCUAGCAGCUGCAAUAAUGCACAUUUCUGCUGAGGUCAGUUCGACCACCUCAAAUCAAAUACAGCAGCAGCAGCAGCAGCAGCAGCAACACCAGCAGCAACAGCAACAUCAGCUGCAGCAGCAACAACAGCAGACAGCAACAACGACCACAACGAAGCGGCGAAAUGCAGAGUCCUCCUCUGCCAACAACAAUAACAACAAUACCAGCACCACCAACAACAACAGCAGCAGCAACAACAACAACAACAGCACCACGAACAACAACAACAAUAAUAAUAAUGUUAAAACAAAGCCCGUGGACACAAGUCCUUACUUGACCCCCGAGAAUCUCAUCGAGCGCACCGUCGACGUCCUGCUCGCCGAACAUCCUGGCGAACUGGUCAAGACGGGGUCACCACAUGUGGUCUGCACCACUUUGCCCACGCACUGGCGCUCGAACAAAACGCUACCGAUCGCCUUCAAGGUUUUGGCUUUGGGAGAGGUCAUGGAUGGCACUAUAGUGACCAUCAGGGCCGGAAACGAUGAGAACUUCUGCGGGGAACUGAGAAACUGUACGGCCGUGAUGAAGAAUCAGGUGGCCAAGUUCAACGAUCUGCGAUUCGUGGGCAGGAGCGGAAGGGGCAAGAGCUUCACCCUGACGAUUGUCAUCUCGACGAACCCCAUCCAGAUAGCCACCUACACGAAGGCCAUCAAGGUGACCGUGGAUGGGCCGAGGGAACCCAGAUCCAAGGUGCGACACCAGGGAUUCCAUCCGUUCGCCUUUGGGCCACAACGUUUUGGACCGGAUCCACUUAUGGCCGGAUUGCCCUUCAAGUUGCCAGGAUUUGCCCACCAUCUGGUGGGGAUGCACAGCCACCUGCAUGCGCCCGAUUGGCGUGCCCACAUGGCCUUGGGCGGUCGCCCGGCCGCCUUUCCCGCAGCCCCCUUCUUCACCCACCAUGCGGCGGCCUUUCCCACCGCCACUGGCCUGCGUGGACUGAGUGGGGACAGCCAGCAUCAGCAGCAACUGUCCACCGUCGGGGCGGCACACAGCACCACCAGUCCGGAGGGUUCCCCCACCACCACCACCACGAGCGGUACGCAGUUGAGCGCCUUUGUCCAGCCGCCGAUGACGUCAUCGCCGCCGCCGAUCACCAGUUUGCAGAAUGAUAAUAAUAACAAUAGCAGUCAUAAUAUUGAUGCGGGCUUUGAAAGCGAUAGCAUUUCGGUGACGGGAUCGCCGCGGAAAAGCUUGGGCUCACCUUUGACCCACGACGAGGAGGAGGCGGAAGCGGAGGCGGAGGGCGAGGGGGAGGCGGAGGCGGAGGAGGCGGAAGUGGGCGGCCUAAAUCUGAAUCUAAAUAAUGGCGGUAUCCAAAGCUCCCUGAGUGAAAGUUCCCCCGGUUCUGGUGGCGCCUUCACCGCCCUCAUCCAGCGCAGCGGCAAAAAUCCCACGGAUUUAUUUGGAGGAUUUGCUGCCGGAGGAGGAGGAGGAGGAGGGACAGGAGCAGGGGGAGGAGCAGGUGGCAACCACUUCGCACCCAGCGGACACAGCUUCAAUCCCGCCCUGGCUGCCCAACUCUUUUUGCAGAGCCCACUCUUGCCGCAAUCGAGCCAAUGGCUGUACACCCAGCUGUAUGGCAGCUACAGUGAUCUCCCGUGGUUGAGGAACGCGGCAGCGGCGGCGGCGGCGUCCAAUAUCAAUCCCAACCAGGAGAUACCGCCACUCGGCAGCAGCAGCAGCAGCACCACCGGCAAUCCCGACCACGACGGCGUCAAUCUGAUCAAGCGCUGCGUGACCCUGAUAACCCACAAUCCGCCGGAUGCGGAGAAUGCCAAUCCGAAUGCCUCACCGCCGGUCAGUUCGACGCGGCGAUCCCCGUCGCCGGUGGAGACCAUCGAUCUGGAUGACGUCAGCACCACCUCGCGGUCGGCCAGUGGGUCCAGCGGUCACGGGGGCGGAGGUGGAGGGGGCGGACCCAUCAGGACGCGAACCCCAAAACCAUCGGCGGAUGUCUGGCGUCCCUACUAGCGGCUGGCGGCCGCCUUGCUCGGC